AUGAACAAGGAUAAUCCAAUACCCUCCCUACUUACCGCGCAGGCGAUGAACGUCUUGCCAUUAUCUCUCAAGCUGACUGCAAGGGACGCAUACAAGCGCGAUGCCCAUCCUCUUACCGUUGAACGCGCACUGAAGUAUCUUGACGGCGACCCGCCAAUGGCCCGGGCAGUCGGUCUGCUGCCGGUCUGCUUUGUCCACCUCGAAUCGACAAAUCUGCCUUCCGUCGAUGACUUUAAAACACUCGACCUUCCGAUCGCCAAACGCAUCUCGCGCGCCACGUCUGCCGUGGCCGGCGUCUUCCAAAUUGAUUUCGACGAUGUGCCUGGCGGUGCGGAAACUGCUUGCUACUUGUUCCCGCGUGUUUUUGCGUGGUACGGGUUCAUGGUCGACCAUUGGGCGCAUUUUCAUGGCGACGCGCUGGAGCCCAAACUAGAGUUCACCCUCGAAUUCAUCCGAUUUGUCCUGGUAUGUUCGGACGAAGCCCAACUCCCGCGUCAAUUACUUGAUACACCUCGGUUCCUGGAGCAUAUCAUACGGAUCUGGGCAAUCUAUCCCGCACUCGCUGACGCGGUAGACGACGCGGACGCCUUGCUGCCCGGACUAGAUUGCAUCAUGCUGUGUCUCCAAAUCACUUCCGAGGACCGGUUCAAACAACUCGUUGCCGGUGCAGGAGGCUCCAUUGCUGACGUGGCGCGCCUAAUCGACAGUGCGCUGAACACUCUGGUUGACACUGGCAAGCAGCACAGCUCUCCGACGGAUCCACUUCAACGCGAGCGUUCCAGCGUCAGAGUAACUCUAUUUGGGUCAUUCCUGCUUCUUCUCCUCGGUGCACACAACUUUGCGGCAUCCCCGCGUCACUCACGUGGGUCUCCGUGGCUGGGCUAUGACUGGGGAGAACUAUUUGAAGAGCUUCUCGAACGGAAUUUCAUACCUACGCUGAUGUCUGUGGCGCUCGACGCCGCCAGUCCAGGUGACGAAGCACGAUUUAGCCCAGAUGACGGGUGGAGUCGGUUGAACGUGAUCCACUACUGUCUCUACAUACUGGUCUGCUUCAUUUCGAAUAACCACGGCGACUGUUGUGGCUGGAUAGACGAUGCGCUGGAACACGGGCUUUUCGACCUCAUUAUCUACGCCGAGGCUCUUGUAGGCGGGCUAGACCACUCCGAGUCCGAUGAAUUGGACGGCGCGGCGGAAAAAUUUGCUAUGGUGGUCAACAUCCUGCUGGGACAAGUGCUUCCUAUCGAGCUACUCACGCGCUCGAACCUCCUCCCUGCUUACGACCGACUCCUCGCAUUACCGUCAAGGCAUCACAAUUUGUCCACCGGUGAGCCGCUCAAAAUCAGCACCCUACGUCCCAUGUGGGCUUCUUUCAUCAGCCUGGUGCGCGAAAGAAUAGCGAUCACUGAGGAGGAGGAGUCAUAUCGACACACAGUGUGUGAUAACCCGGAUUGCCGGAGAAAUUCUUCUGCAGAUAUCGUGCUCCGACGUUGCUCUGGAUGUCAGGCAACUUAUUACUGCUCCAAGGAAUGUCAGCGCGCGGACUGGAGGCGCACCGACGGUCACCGUGAGUACUGCAUUUUCUACAGGAACGGCACUCUGGUCUUGGCGGGUUGUGCGAAGGACCGCUUUCCCUAUCGCGAACGGCUGUACACCCGGGCGCUGCUAAAUAACGACUACCAUAAACGGUGGAUCGCCAUUUACACUCUGCACGUCGAACUGAUGGUGAAAUACCCGACUGAGUUCGGACUGGCCAGUACCGACUUGCCGGGAUACCGCCCUAUCAACGUGUUCUUCAACUACACACGCCACCCAGGGAGCAUCAGGGUUUUCUCCACGCUGCCCCAGGAUUGCGUCCCGGGGGGGAUUCACAGGAUUCUCUCGGAUGACGGGCCGGAAUGGGAGGAUCUAAUGGCUCGCGCGACACUAUCUGGCGGACGGCUUCAACUCCAUGUCUUGCAGGUCUUUGACGGAGAGGACAUCCGGUAUGUUGCCGUGCCGCUACGCCUGGACGAGGGCGCAGGGGCGUUUUGUGCGGCCUUGGUCGAUGUCGCGCGAAGAGUGUUUGGACGGAUGCAGGGUAAAGACGAGGCUGAGGUGAAAAGUAUGAUUGAGCAAGAAGUCGAAGUAUUGCAAAUGAGCUUUAAGGAAAUGAAACAGAUUCAUUGUUAA